AAGUACUUUGGGGUUGGGCAUGAAGAUGUAAUAAACUUUAAACUGAAAAAUCUUUUUAUGAAAGGGAUAGAUAUCGUAAAGCAAGGUAAAUCCCAGCUUCUCAAAUUCAUCGGAGAGAAGAUAAUGAGAGAGGCUAUGAAUAUAAAUAAUACACGCCCAAUUGAUAAAAUUGUUAAAGAUACUCUUAGAGAAGCAGGAAACAAGAAAUGGGAUUUCAAUGAAUUUAUUGUGAUAGGGACAUGA